AUGCGUUGGACAGAAGACAAGAAGAAGCUGCUCUGGGAGCUCAUAUUCGAGACCCAAACCUUCACCCUCGAUCUCCAGAAAGUGUCCGAGGCAUGGCCCGGAGAUGACAAGCCCACCGCUAGGGCGAUCGAGAGACACCUGGACAAUUACCGGAAGAGCGGGAGCGGUGUUAGUUUCCAGAAAGGCCAGAAGCGAGCAGACACUGGAUCCGGGGCCGCUACUCCUCGCAAGAGACGCAAGACUAAGGCUGCUGGUGAAAUCAAGAAAGCUGUCAAGGAGGAGGAUGAUGAUGAGGAGGAGUUUCUUGCAGCGGAGGAAGGUCUUGAUGAAAACUAG